CAUAUGAUAUGACAAUUUAGUUACACUUGGGGUAUAUUCGUGUUUUUAAAGAAAUAUUCUUAACGUCCAAAUUCUAAGAAUUAAUUAAACUGUAUAAAUACUUUAUUUUACUUUCGUGCUAAGUAUAACCCAGCCAUCAAAAAUGGUUACAAAUCAACAUUGGGUAUCAAAAUUAACCAGUUUUUACUUUUUCUAACUCUGGACAUGAUAAAUUUGUCACCAGUAUUUCGAUAUUUUAUACAAUUUCCCUUAGGAUGUGCAAUUGCCCACCCAUACUAUUCAAGAUCGCAGUGCUGUUAUCAAUUGUUACGACCAUAGCGUUAACUAGCAUGGAAAUGUAUACUAAUAGCGAAUCCAAGCAGGCUAUCCAAACCGUCAACUUAGUGGUCUGCUUCAUAGUACUCGUGGCCCUGGCAAUGGGAAUUUACGGAGCGAUUAUGAGCCAUAUCUUCAUUAUAAAGACGCUGAUGAUUAUUUUGGUGCUGUUCAGCUUAUUUAAAAUAGUUACGUGGAUAGUGUGUGCGAAUCUGUCGACAACUCUGUCUACUGUCGUCAUUCAUAUUUGGUUCCAGGUUAACACGGCGUCUUCGAUAAUCUGUACGGUUUUAACUGUUAAUCUCUGGAUGCGUUUGCAUGAGCAAACGAGGGAGUUUCAAUUGGGCUAUUAGUAAGUGGACAAAUAAAGAGGUUUUAAAAUUCGUAA